ACUUUGUACUUUAACCUUAACCUUUGACAUCUUAACAAGAUGGAUGCCUACUUACUGGAAGAAAAAAGUUUAUAAAAGUACAUUGUAAAUUAGUAGAAUGGGAGAACAGUUACUUAUAGCCGCUUUAUCGUUUCUUUUUCUACCUGUUAUUAUAGUAGUUGCUCUUGUCAUUAUUCUAGCAACGUGUGGUACAUCAAUUGGAAUACGAAAAGCUUAUGUGAAGCUUAUGCUGAAAGUUUUUGAGGCUUGCAAACACAAAGUACCAGUGCCUAGCCCUGGUGAGCAAGACAAUGAUACUGAAGAAGAAAAUGAGAUCAAACAAGACAAUACACUGUCAGAUGCCAAACAGGAUAAUGAAGAUCAGGCGGAUAAGAGUUCUAGUUCACCUUCAGUUAAAGGCUUGGAACAGUUGGAUUUUGGAAUGUCUAAGAAAGAAUUUGAACUCUCUGAUGUUAUGACUUUUGCUAAAUUUGGAAUGGAGGCUAUUAUAGAUGAUACUGUGACCAAAAGGUUUUCAGCUGAAGAGUUACCUUCUUGGAAUCUUUUAACUAGAACACAAAAAGAUCAUCAGUUUAUGAGCAUACGACUAACUGCACUUUGGUGUGUUGGCUGCUUUGUUCGUUAUGCUAUUCUUCUUCCAUUUAGAAUAACUAUUGCCUUUAUUGGAGUGAUGUGGCUAAUUAUAUCAACAGCUUUCAUUGGAUACUUAAGGGAAAGCAGCUUUAAAAGGAAAUUGAAUGAAUUCUUCAGUUUAAUGAGUUUUAGAAUUUUGUGCAGAGCAUUUUCAGGAGUUAUCACCUUUCAUAACAGGGAAAAUAUGGCUAAAAAUGGAAUCUGUGUUGCCAACCACACAUCCCCUGUUGACGUAAUCAUUUUGUCCUGUGACAACUGCUAUGCUAUGAUUGGACAGUCACAUGGUGGAUUUUUAGGUGUGAUACAAAGAUCUCUGGCUCGUGCUACUGCUCAUAUUUGGUUUGAAAGAUCUGAAGCUAAAGACAGAGGCUUGGUAGCCAGAAGAUUAAAAUCACACAUUGAAGAUAAAAAUAAACUUCCAGUUCUUAUUUUUCCAGAAGGGACGUGCAUCAACAAUACAUCUGUCAUGAUGUUUAAAAAAGGAAGUUUUGAAGUGAGCUCAGUCAUUUAUCCAGUAGCUAUCAAAUAUGAUCCAAGAUUUGGGGACGCAUUUUGGAACAGCAGUAAACAUAAUUGGACUCAACAUUUACUACAGAUAAUGUCCAGUUGGGCAUUAGUUUGUGAUGUAUGGUAUCUGCCCCCAAUGACUAAACUUGAGAAUGAAGAUGCUGUUGCUUUUGCUAAUCGUGUGAAAUCAGAAAUAGCUAAAAAAGGUGGACUUGUUGAUCUUGAUUGGGAUGGAGGUUUGAAACGAGAAAAUGUCAAAGAAUCAAUGAAAGAGGUGCCACAGGAACUAUACAGUAAAAUGUUAAAAGUGGAUUAGUGAUAAUUUGUUGCUCAUUAUUAUAAUAUCAUUGUAUAUUUGCCUAUGAUAAACAUAAAGAAAAGUUCAUCUAAAACUAUGAUACCACAUCCAUAGAAACAAAACAUAUCCUUAUAAAUAACAUAAGCUUAUUCAUUGUAAAGUUGGUGCUUUGUUUUAAAAAAUGAUGGUUCUGUAUGUUUUUUUUUUGUUAAAGCACUUAACGUAAGUCCAUCUCCAUUUACAAUUGAAGUUGGCAGCCUGACUUCUGCUGCUUGCUUGAUCUUAUAUUCUCACUUUGAAAGAAUUUGUUCCUUUUAGGUUUAGUUGUUUACAAUUAUUUCCAUUUGUUUGUUAUUUUAUCAUCUAAGUUAUUGAUUCCAUUACUAAAACAUGGCAGGCUGAUUGAUGAUGAUUGGUGAGAAUAAUGUAUUUGUGAUUGUGUAUAACUUCAUGAGUUAAAUCUAAAAAAUAACAACACAUUUCUUUUCAGCUUUUAGUUUAAAAUUUUUCUCCGCAGUAUUUGAUUUAGUCUGUGCAAUAGAUUGGGAGCUACAGUUGCUCAUUGAUCCUUCUACACUUUAUGUUGAGAGACAUUUUUUUUUGUGCUUGUCUUAGUCAAAUAAUUUGUUUUUACUUCUGAAUUUUAAUUUAUUUAUGCAUGACUUGAUUGUUUCAGGAGCUACAUUGUUCCAAAAAUUUUAGUUUAAAUUUUAAUCCAAAUAAGACUUGCUUAAAAAAACAACAGUAGUGUAAAGGAAAUUUUAAAACAGAACUUUAUAAGAAUUUUCUUUAUAAAAAAAGCAUUUUAUUUCUACUACUGUACCUAAAAUAAAUAAGAUUCACAGAACUUGGGCAACUACUAGUAAAUUUCAGUUUACUAAAAUUUAGAGAACUCAUGAGCUUUAGAAUUUGUUUUACUAGGAUUUACAAAACAUACUAUACGGUAGUUGUUUUUUCCACAAGGCUUUUUGUCUUCCAAAAUAAAAUAGUAAGAUAUUUUGUUCUUAUAAAAUGUUAAGAGAAUUAAAACACUUCAUUACAUUAUAUUUUUAAGAAGUUAUCCGCCAAUGCGCCACAAUGACAAGGGAACUAGGGUGUAUAGAGUUAUCGGCAUUUAGAAAUAAAGCUACACAAUAAUACAAAAUGAUAAAUCUUAGUUUCUGAAAUUAAAACUUAGUAAUAGUUACUAAGCACACACAAAAUAAAUUUUAAAGAAAUUUGUUGAAUUUAAGUGUAAAUUAACUAGAUAAUAGUAUUGAUAUUGGGGCCCUAUGACAUCAUUUAGUUAAGCUGAAAAUCCACUUUAGUUAAGUUUAAAUAAAGAUAAUUACAAACAUUGAUUGUUGAUAAGCUCCAGACAUUAGGGUAAACUUAUGAUUCUAUUUCUUAUGUCUUGUGUAAAAAAAAAUACCUGGUUAAAUCUUUGCUAAGGUCAUAAUUAUGUACUCUUUGUCAAAUGUUACAAAUCCACAACUUCAAUUAUAUUUAUAAUAUUAACUCUUUCUCUCCUAAUCGACGAUACCAUUGUUGAUUUUUACUUCAUUAAAUUAAAUUAAUAUUUUUUUUUUUUUUAACUUGACUUUGAAUUUUAUAAAAAGAGCAUGCAUUCCCCUUUAUUUCAAUACCAAAUACAUUUUCUGAUAACAAACAACAAAGCUAUUGAAGCCCAAUCAUAACAGGGGUAGUGAAAUAGUCAUGAGCAAAAUGAGGAAUUCCUUCAAAGCAUGGAAAAAUAAUUACGGAGAGAAAGAGUUAAAGCUGUCAUACAUUAUUUUGAUAUGAUUUGAUCAUACUGUUGUUAAAGUGCUAGUCCUAGUGCUUCAUUGAAUAAACUGAUAUGGUCAGUCAGUCCAAGUGGUAAUGUUUCUGACAAUGCCAGUCCCAAUAUUUCAGCGAUAUUGAAAUGAAAGUAAUGAUCUUCAUUGCAUUAAUUAUUAAUAAUUUGUAACCAUUACAUAAAUUUGCCAAGAACGUCAUCCUUUUAGUGUUGUACUUAUAAUUAAUAUUUUGUCUUAUUUUUGUAUUUCAAUCAUCAAGCUAUUAAGCAUUUGAUCAUAGUGUCUAAUGUAUGUGAAGAAUAAAUGAAAUUAUUCUAGAAUAUCUGAUCUUAUCUUGACAUGAAUUUCAACUGGACAUUCAGCUACAGAAUUGUUUAUGAAACAUUUAUUUAAGGAAUGUGUAGUAGAAUGUGUAGACUGCUAGUAAAAAACUUGUUUUUUUCUAUAUCACCAUUUUCACAAGUACAUUUUUAAAAAAAGGAGUAUAUAUUAAUUUCUGAAAAGUCAUCAGUUGGAAGCUGUGUAUCAAAUUACUCUAUUAGUAUUUGUAUACAUGCUGUCUCAUGAUUGCUAAAUAAAGAUUGUUCUGAUAUUUA